AGCUGUUCAAGCUCAUACUUGGCAGCUGUGCAGUUGCUUUCGAGCAAUGUCGUGGUCACCCUUUGUCAGUGCGGUCAAGAAGGCCACCUCGGCGACGAAAAACGUCGCAGGGAAGGUCCGAACCUACAUGCAGGAGCCAUGCAAGGUCCAGGUUCGCAGUGCCCGAGCUCCUUGCGAGGUCCAGGAGAGUGGCGUUCUCGAUCUCAGCGACUGGGUAGAUGUUCACGCGGAGGAGGCAUGGGAGAUCAUUCCCCAGGCGCCCAAAGCCAAGGUGGAGAUGUCACCGCUUCUGACGCGGACACUUGCCGAGCUGGACGCAAGGCGGCGGUGAGGCGAGCUUGACGUCCGCCCUGCUCCGCUGCCAGAGGAGCCUUCAGAGCCGCGCCCAGGUGAGCGUGAGAGUGGGGUGAACGGCCCGACGGCAUGCCUUCAAGUUGAAUGCAUGUCGUUAGGCUUCAAGUAUAUGUGCCAUAGACUGCCUGCGCAACGGUUCCAGAGUUGCACGAAGUUGCUGGCGACAGUCUUGGCACUUGGCCAGCGACUGAAAGACAUGCCC